GGGUGAGCAGCAAGCCAGCCGUGUUUGCACGCCAAUUGACCUGCGUUGACUGACCUCCGCAGGGUGAACCUCGAACAUCGCUCGCCAUGAACCCCCGCAUAGAGGAAGUCAGCGAGUCUGACAGCGACCCCUCGGAGAUGGACAUCGAUGACAUGAACGAGCUGCUUGCCGCGCGCCAAGUCGACCAGGUCAUCUCUGCGCGCAACGUGCCCGCCUCCGCCCCCCAUCAGGACCCACAGGAGAUGCUCCGUCCCCAAGGGCCAAAUGUCAAGACUUCGGCAGACCGCGAGAAGUCGAAACACUAUCAAUGCUUGUACCCCGUGUACUUUGAUAAGUCGAGAUCAAGGGCAGAGGGGCGACGUGUUGGACAAGAGCUGGCGGUCGAAAAUCCACUGGCGCGAGAGAUGGCCGAUGCUGCGGCAAGCCUGGGACUGAUGACCGUCUUCGAGCCAGACAAGAUACACCCCAAAGAUUGGGCGAAUCCCGGAAGGGUGCGAGUCUUGCUGAAGAAAGACGGCAAACUGACCGAUCCGGACAUCAACAACAAGCACCACCUCUACAUCCUGAUCGCACAAUACCUGAGGCAGCACCCCACACAGAGGAAUACGCCGUUCCGGUUGCCCAUUCAAGGUAUGCCUAUGCCCAAGGAAAUGCCAGAGCCUGCCGUUCCCAGGGGUUGGAAGCUGAACAAGAUCUUGCCACUCCACUCCCCUGCCAUUACGGGAGGUGGCGUUUCGGACAACUUCCUACAGGAUAUGAUGGCAGAGAUGCAGGGCCAGAUUGGAGGUGCUGAAAGUGGCGCCAGCAGUGGCACUGAAAGUAAAAAGAAGAAGGACAAGAAGAAGAAAUGAUGAAACGUGAAGCAAGACUCAUACCGACACCAGA